AUGGAAAAUGGAAAAGAUAAGAAAAUCAGAUGUGAUAUGAAAACUGAUCUGAAUUUACUCCUCGAAUGUCUUAAGUAUCAGAUGGACCAUCCAGCUUCUCAAAAAGAAGCCUUGGUUACUAUUUAUUCAGUUUGUCAACAAAACAGUGCUGCCUGUGAUUAUUUUAGAGAAAUAGGUGGCUUGAUGUUUGUGUGCAAUCUUGUGAAGUCACAAGUGCAGAGUUUGGUUAAGGAAGCUGCUUUAUUUACAUUAGGAGGUUUAGCUGAGAAUAACGUGUUCUGCCAGCAGAUGUUAUGCACAGCUGAAUUAUUUGAGGAUCUUCGUAUGUUUUUAACUAAUAAGGAUUCUAGUAUGAAUUUGAAAAGAAUGUCUGUAUAUGUCUUACUGGUGCUGGUUUCAAAUAAUAACAGUGGACAAACAUAUGUGAGAGAAUCUGGAUGCCUUGAUAUUCUCCUACAAUUAUUCAGAGCAAUUCCUUCAGAAUCUCACAUGAACCUUUUGGACCAUAAAAUUGAUCAGUAUCAUCUGUGGUCUUCUGUUUGUAGUACUCUUUGUGCAUGCGUCAACAAUCCUCAGAAUGAGGAAAAUCAGAAAGCUUGCAGUUUGGUUUUUCCACAUGCAAAAGACUGGCUACAAAGAUGUAUGAAGCCUGAGAUAGUUCGCCCAAUAUGUUCAUUCAUUGGGCUCACUGUUGUAAAUAAUUCAAGAAUGCAGAAUUUUUUUAUUUCUAUUGGUGGAUUAGCUGUUUUGGAUGAGCUUCUUGUCAAACUGAUACAUGGUUCAUCUGGAAACAAUAUAAAUUUAAAACUUGCGGUAGUGGUGACAAAAACUUUGGAUGCCUGUAUUGCUGAUAACUCUGCAGUUGGCAUUCAUUUACCAAGGUAUAACAUUGUACCUAAUCUACUGAAACUGCUUUCUUACAACAUUUUGGAUUCAGGAGAACAAUUCAGCAUUAUACUUACUCUUGGACAUUGUACAGAAGUCUGUGAGGAAAAUCAAUAUACUCUGGUUAAGAACAAUGGCCUCCCACUUAUGAUUCAAGCACUGACUGAAACGCAGGAUGAAGAAUUAAAUAAAGCUGCUACCUUUGUGUUGCAAAACUGCAAACAGAUUACUGAAAAAUUGUCAGUGAAGACGAGUCAGGAUUCAUUCCAAGUGGAUGAAGGAAGAAAUUUGGAAGUAGAUUUGCAGCACAAAGAAAAGAUUCUUGAAGAUUAUUGGAAUGAAGCAAAAGAAAUUUUAUACAGAAUCAAAGGCCUUGAAAAUGAGCAUCAAGAGGAAGAUGUCAGAAGAGAAAUAUUAAGUGAUGAUGAUAUCCCUCAAAAAAAGUUUCUGCAGGCUAUGACCAAACAUCUUCAAACAGAUUCCAGCAAGCAGCCCUCUGAUAAUGGCAAAAUAUAUUCAGAAGUGAAACAUCCGCUACAAAAUUUUAUUUCUAAUGUGCAGAAUACUUCUAAAUUUGAAAAUAGUUCUUCCAGUAUAGAACAACUGAAGUCUGCCAAUAGGAAUUCAACUGAUGCUUUACUCACUCAAAAUGAUAAUAACCUUCGUGCAACUGAAAAAAUGACAACAUCCAGCAUAAAUGAAGCCUACAUUACAAAUAAAAGCAGUUUUCAUGAUUUUAGAAAAAGUGAUGCUCAAGCAAGUGAAUACUUUUUUAAGAAGCCAGAUUUUGUAAUAAAAAGCCCAACCCAAAAGAUUCAAAGUACAGGUUGUAGAACAGGAGGACUUUCCUUAAACAGCCGAAAUUUUAGCAAGACUUUGCAGUCUUGUCAAUAUCUAUGUGAACAACACAAAAUUAUUCUAGAAUCUGAGAUGCAAUAUAAAAGGAAGUUGAAAAGAUCUAUUAUCUCUAACAAGAAUACUUCUACAUAUAAUAAUGGAAAUCUUCAGUGGGAUGCAUAUUCAAAGAACCAAGCAAUGAAACAGAAUUAUAAUCUUCAAGACCAGGACCUGAGUGAAAACCAUCCAUUUGAAGAUGAGAAUACUGAUACUCAUCGGUCAAAUAGGCCUGCAACAACUUUUAAAAAAAAGAGACGGAGAAUCAGGAAAGAUUUUACAUCAGAAGAAAUAAAAUAUCUUUUGGAAGGUGUUAGGAAAAUGGGGCAUCAUUGGAAUUCAAUUUUAUGGGCCUACCCAUUUCAGCAAGGACGGACGAAUGUUGAUCUUGCUAAGAAAUACUGCAAGUUACAGUGGAAUCAGAUUAUCCUCUUGCAUUUCCGAGAGGGCUAUGCAACUGCCAUGCUUGUGACUUUUUAG